AUGAGCGCCGGUGAGUUGCAGCAGGCGCAGCCCAGACCCUCGGCGCCGGCAGCCGCCCCGGUGCCCCCUCAGCCCCGCAGCGCUCAGGAAGCCCCCGAGAUGGCGGUGUACUGCGGCGAGAACUUCAGCGUCUACCCCCAGCCCAGCCUCCACCCGCCCGGCGCCGCCGCCGCCGCAGCCGCCGCCGCGGCCGCCGCCGCCGCUGCAGCCGCCUCGUCGGGGCAGCGGGCGGGCGGCUACGGGCUGGGGGACUACGGGGCGCCCGCCAACGCCGGCUACCUGUGGGGCAUGAACAGCCCCGCGCCCUACCUGCAGGGCCCGCCGGGCUCCGCAGCGGCAGCAGCAGCCGCCGCGGCCCCCUUCUUGCCGCCGGGCUCGUACGGCUGCUCGCGGGGCGGGCAGCUGGUGGGCUCCCCCCCGGCCCCCGGCUCGCCGUCGGCGGGCGGCGCGGAGCUGAGCUGGCUGAGCCUGGCCAGCCAGGAGGAGCUGCUGAAGCUGGUGCGGCCGCCGUAUUCCUACUCGGCGCUCAUCGCCAUGGCCAUCCAGAGCGCCCCCGAGAGGAAGCUCACCCUCAGCCACAUCUACCAGUACGUGGCCGAGAACUUCCCCUUCUACAAGCGCAGCAAGGCGGGCUGGCAGAACAGCAUCCGCCACAACCUCAGCCUCAACGACUGCUUCCGCAAGGUGCCCCGCGACGAGGACGACCCCGGGAAAGGAAACUAUUGGACCUUAGAUCCCAACUGCGAGAAGAUGUUUGACAACGGGAACUUCCGGCGCAAACGCAAGCGACGCUCUGAGCCCAACACCCCUGCGACCGCGUCUGCAGCCUCCUCUCUCGGGGGCCUGAAAACAGAGGAAGAACGACCCAUUGCAGCUGGAGGCAAACCGUGUGGAACCAGUCCACCCCCAGAGCUGGACCCUUCGCCUUCUGCCAGAGACCAUCCGAAAAGCUCCUCUCCCUCCAGUAUCAUUUCAUCCACCCCCAGCUGCCUCAGCACCUUCUUCAGCGGCAUGAGCUCCCUGAGCGGCGGAGGCAGCCGGCUGACGGGGGGGCUCAGCAGUGACCUGCAUCACAGGAACUUCUCUGCUGGACAGCUGAGCAGUGGCACUUUCACCCCUUCCAGCAGCUCUUCUCAGGAGGUGCCUUCGCCGGAACAGCUGCAGCGAGUUGCAGGACCUUCCCCUGCCUACUACAGCUCCUUCCAUCCCAGCAGCGGCAGCCAGGGAGCCCAGUACAACCACUACUACAACUUCACGGUUAACAGCCUCAUCUACACCCGGGAUGGAACAGAGGUGUAG